AUGGACGCUGCCACCGCCACCAACGCUCGCAUCAACAAGUUUGAUGGUUCGAACUUCCACACUUGGAAGUUCAAAAUGCAGAUGGUGCUGGAGGAGCGGGACCUUUGGGAAGUGACAAGCGGGGAGAUCAAGCUGGAACACCUUGCCACUACGCUGGAUCAGUCAACGUUCAAGCGCAAGUCAAGGAAGGCGCUCGCGAUAAUCUGUCUUGCGAUGGAGGACUCGCAGCUGCCCCUGGUUCGGUCGGCAAGUGGAGCGUACGAUGCAUGGUCGCGGCUGGAAGGCCACUUUGAGAAGAAGAGCUUAGCCAACAAACUCUUUCUUCGUCGCCGUUUCUUCACGGCCAAGAUGGAGGAAGGCGAUGAUGUGCUUUCGCACAUCAACAAGAUAAAGACACUGGCGGAACAACUCGACGCGGUGGGUGCUCCGGUCAGCGAAGACGACCUGGUGAUCACGCUUCUUAGGCGCCUAAGUGAGUCGUUUGCAUAUCUCAUUACU